AUGGCUGACAUCCUGCAGAGAAUUGUCGAAGUUAAACGGGUCGAAGUCGAACGGCUUAAAGUCGAAUUGCCUAUCGCCGAACUCGAACGGCGUAUUGAGACGCGUCCUCCUACAUUGAAUCUCGCAGGCUCACUGUUCGGCGAUUCGGUUCGUAUAAUUGCGGAGGUCAAGAAGGCUUCGCCAUCGAAAGGGCUUUUGCGCGAGGACUUCGAUCCGAAGUGGCUGGCAAGGACAUACGCCGACAACGGCGCCGCAGCUAUCUCAGUGCUGACGAACGCUGACCACUUUCAGGGCAGCAUUGAACACCUGUACGCAGUUCAUACGGUUGCUAAUCCACGGAAGAUUCCCGUGCUGCGCAAGGAGUUCAUCUUCGACGAGUAUCAGAUCUAUGAGGCGCGGGCAUACGGCGCGGACGCCAUCCUGCUAAUCGUUGCGAUGCUGACGCCGGAAAAACUUAGAUCACUGAUGGCUCUUAGCCAGAAAUUCUGGAUGCAGUGCCUGAUCGAAGUACAUGAUGAGGAGGAAUUGAAGGUCGCGCUUGACGCGGGUGCAGAGAUUGUCGGGAUCAACAAUCGCGACUUGCGCACAUUCACCACCGACCUUGCGGUAACUGAGCGGCUGGCAUCCAGAGUCCCAUUCGGCGCAGUAGUCGUAAGCGAGAGCGGCAUAAGCAACCGCGAUCAUCUGCGGCGCAUUAAGUCGGCUGGGGCGCACGCCGCGCUAAUCGGAGCGUCUUUGUUGGGCUUUGUGUUCGUGGAGGGCGUGCGCAGGCGGGUGUCGCUAGAACACGCACGCGAGGUUAUUCAGGCCUUGCGUGAGAUACGCGGUGCUGCAUGUCCGCGAAUUGUUGGGCUUUUUGCCAAUCAACCUCUGCGCGAAGUCAAUCACACGAUAGAAAAGUGCGGGCUGGACCUGGCGCAACUCUGCGGCGACGAACCUCCGGACUAUUGGGACAACGUGGACGCUUGGGUCGUGCGUCAGGUGAAAGUUGAUGAAGGUCUGGGGCGCGAGUCUGCUAUAUCAGAUGCCUUGCAUCAAAUUGAAGAGGUGGUGAAGCGGAUUCACAUCACAUUGCUCGACAAGCGCGUAAGCGGCGCUCUCGGCGGCACGGGACACACCUUCGACUGGACCAUCGCGUCAGAGAUUGCCAAACGGCAUCCGCUGUUCCUUGCAGGCGGGCUCGCGCCUGACAAUGUGCGGCAGGCUAUCGACACAGUGCAGCCCAUGGGGUGUGGAUGUAUCCAGUGGCGUCGAAACUGA